AUGAGAGACCUAUGGAUACUUCUGUUUUUACCUCUGUUCCUGGCAGCCUUUCAUGGGGUCACGGGCUGUUUGGAGUGUGACCCCAAAUUUACAGAGGAUGUUAGGAUCUUGUUGGAAAACCUUGUACCUCUAGAAGUUCCUGAGAGAAAUCAACUGCUGGAAAGGCAGCAUAAGGAGAUAACCCUUAUAAGCUCCAAGGUCUCUCACAAGGAUAAGAUGCUUCGGUUGUUGGCUGUUCGAAAUGUUGUCAAAUUGAGAGUAUGGCUGAAGGAUGAAUUUUAUAGACUGGGCAAUGAAACAUGGAAAGGAGUCUUCAUCAUUCGAGGCAAGCUUCUGGCGGUCCGCCAAAACUUGGAGAACAAACUGACACAAAUACUAAAGAACUUCUCUGAAGUUGCUUGUUCAGAAGAUUGCAUUGUAACUGAAGGUCCUGUCCUUGAUUGUUGGACCUGUCUUCGAAUGACCACCCGGUGUUUCAGAGGAGAAUAUUGUCAAGAUGAUGAUCCAAGGGAGGCUGAAAAUCGAGAGAUUUCACUCUAUUUGAUAUUUACAGCAGAAGCUGUCAUUUUGGCAAGUGCUGUGCUACUAUUCCAUGUGUGUGUCACACAACGGAGGAAAAUGAAACUAAUACGAAGGACUCUGAAGACAUAUUUGGAGAAAAAACUAGAAGAAUUAGUGGAGAUAAUAUAUAAAGUUGAGAAAAAGGAUUCGGAAUUUGGGAAAUCAAAUACACAGUCUCUGACAGAGCAGCCUCCAAAUGCUGAGUCUGAAAUGAAAACUGGGACUUGA